GAGCCUUGCAAAGGCACUCCACCUAGCGAAACCAGUCUUAAUAACCCGAAUUCUUAGCUUACGGGACCAAACCCGAAGGUCAUGGCGCCACCGGCGACAAUUCGGUGGUUCGCAGUCGCAUUAGCUCUGACGCUGUCUCUUCUCAUUUCUCCGUCGACGGCCAUCUACUGCGACGAAGAUGAUUGCUACGAUCUCCUAGGGGUUACGCAGAGUGCAAAUUCGUCGGAAAUCAAGAAAGCUUACUAUAAGCUCUCAUUGAAGCAUCACCCGGACAAAAACCCUGAUCCGGAAUCGAAAAAACUUUUUGUCAAAAUUGCUACAGCUUAUGAGAUUUUGAAGGAUGAGGCCACGAGGGAGCAGUACGAUUAUGCAAUCGCACAUCCGGAGGAGGUAUUUUACAACACUGCCCGUUACUAUCGUGCAUAUUAUGGUUACAAGACGGAUCCACGUGCUGUCCUUAUUGGCCUUCUAUUGGUUCUUUCAGGAUUUCAAUACCUUAACCAGUGGACAAGGUAUAAUCAGGCUAUAGACAUGGUCAAGAAGACACCUGCGUACAAAAAUAGACUAAAGGCUUUGGAACUUGAGCGCAAUGGAGGAACUAUAAAUAAAAAGAAGAGUAACAAGCAGAUGGACAAGAAAAAGGAGGAAGAUCUAAGCAAAGAACUUGACCUCCAGAUAACUGGUGCUGAGAAACCUUCUCUCUGGGAACUUCUUUGUGUCCGCUUUCUACUUCUACCUUACACCGUUUCCAAACUAUUACUGUGGUCUGGCCACUGGUUCUGGAGAUACAAGGUGAAAAAAGCUCCAUAUACUUGGGACGACGCCUCUUACCUGACACAGAGAGCCCUUAGAGUGCGUCCUGAUUCGUGGAUAAAUAUCGACGAAGUAGCAAAGGAAGAUCUUCUUCAGAGACGUUUAUGGGAACAGUCCAAUUUAGAGGGCUACUACGCAGAGAUGCGGAAAGAGUCCAAGCGCAGAAGAUAGCAAAUUUUUUUUUGCCUUGCUAAAAAUAUUCUUGGUCAAAAUUAAUACUUAUACCUGAAGAGAAGAGAAGAGAAGAGAAGUAGUAACCCAUUUAUAUCGCUUGCUUUUGUGUGGGCUUAUGCGAUGAAGAGUGGGAAUUUUUGUUGCCGAAUGAAGUUUUAUGAAAUUUUGCUAAAUUGUUAGUUCACGCAAUAUCCCCCAUAACCAGAACGAUGCUCAUACAGAUUUUCUGUGCAACGCUUGACAGUUCACAAGCUUAGGCAUAGGCAUAUAGCUUAAACAAUCUCCUUAUAUUUAUGCACGAAACUGCUAGUUCUGAUGUUUGUUAACCCUCAUAUUUAAUCGCUUUCUCGAUAAUUUUGUUGUUGCUGAUAUUUACAGAUGCUUUUGGCCACUACAUCUACACCAAUGAAUAUAAUAUAAUAUCAUAGAAUUCUGUUA